AUGGAGAGUCCUCAUGAGCACCAGCAGUCAGUGCUGCUCUCGCGUAUCAUUACCAAUGUGGAGAAAUUGAACGAGGCUGUUAUGGUCAUGAACAAGGGCCUUCAGGAAGUCAAUAUCCAAAACAUGAACGUUGAGCUGGUGGCUCAGAUGUUCAAGAACUAUCAGUCCAAUGUCUUGUUCCAUCUGGAAGCUACGGAAAACCUCAAAGAAGCCUCGCCGCAAGGAUCUACCUAA